GACAGUUGUGCUGCGCUCACUUUCUUCCCCUCCCACCACCUCCUCCUCCUCCGUAGCCGCGCAGCAAAAGUUCAUUUGGAAGGAUGGGAAGGACCGGCACAAGGCUACCGAGCUUCUGCUUGAACCGCGUCGCCACCCGUGUCAGAGUCCGGUCUCCGCCGCUCGAAUCGAAGCCGCUCUCCCCGAGCACAAGAAAGUUCAGCGCGCCUCUUGGGUAUGCGGAUGCGAAGGUCGGGGCCAAUGGAGGUAAGCAAGAGAUGGAACAGGGGAGGCGGAUCAUGAUCGUGGUGGACUCCAGCCCGGAGGCGAAGGCUGCUCUGCUGUGGGCGCUCUCCCACUCGGUGCAGAGCAACGACACGGUCGUCCUGGUCCAAAUCGUGAAGCCAUCCAAGCACGGUGAAAGAGUUCAAACUGAAAGACAACCAAAAGGUUACGAGAUUCUCCAUGCCAUGAAGAGUAUUUGCCAAGCAAAAAAACCAGAGGUGCGGAUUGAGCUCUGUUCGGUGGAAGGAAAAGAGCGAGGGCCGACGAUCGUGGAAGAGGCAGGCAAACAGGGAGCCUCCCUCCUCGUUAUGGGGCAGAGGAAGAGAUCGACGACGUGGCGCUUGAUCAUGAUGUGGGCGGGCAAUAAGGUGGGAGGCAGCACGGUGGACUACUGCGUCCAGAACGCCACAUGCAUGGCGCUGGCGGUGAGGAAGAAGAGCAGGAAAGGCGGCGGCUACUUGAUCACCACCAAGCGGCACAAAGAUUUCUGGCUCUUAGCAUAAGGUUGGAAUCGAAACAUGUGAAACAUGAGCCUCGUGCUUUGACCUGCAUGUUUGCUUUCGAGGGUUAAGUGAUGUGCCGAUAGCUCAAAGAUGAAACCUGUAGUAUUUGUUCAUUCCUUGUUGCCUUUGUAUGAUAUGCUUUUGGUCAUGAGAGACUGCUUCAUGUACUCUCAGUAACAUUGGUGAAUAAAAA